CCUACUUGUACUCGUACUUGAAUUGCGUGUGCAUCGAUUCGAUUCGAUUGACGUGGCACUUGCAGUCUUAGUUUAAUGUCAACCAAGCCGUGUCAAACAAAAGGACUAAUACUUUUUUAGUUUCUAGUUUUAGUUUUAAAAUUGAAGUUAAUAAGAAUAAACGUUUAAGUAAUUAUGCCAUGUGUGUGCUUAAUACUAACUAGUGCCACUGCAUCAAUUUUUGGAUUAAUUAUCAUCGUGUAUAUAAUUUUUUAAAGGAUAAUCACACAAAAUUUAACUAAAUUCGUAUUCAAUGCUGCUUGGGGUCGGGAAGCCAUCUUUGAGAUAUUCAACGGUAAAAUACGCAUGGAUAAGUUCCUCUUGAACUGCCCGGAGACAAAACAGCAUAAAUACCCGUUGUAUUAUGAUAAUAUCACUGUUUACAGCAGUGCAGGAUUACUCACGUUUAAUUACGACGUUAUUAAUAAUGUUUAUAUUAAACCACCAUUCAGUUUAUUUGUUGAUAUACAAAGAUGCAAAGGCAAGGAAAACCCGGAUAGUUGCAUAAAAUUCGCUAAUUUUAAAACAAGUCGGCUUUGUAAUCUGUUGGUAUCAACUAAGGAGUUUUGGAGUCCGAUGAUAACAUGCGCACGGCCUAAAUUUGGAUGCCCCAUGGCUAAAGGUAUUUAUAGGGGUAGAAAUUGCACCCUGGACAUGUCCGGCUUCAACUGGUUCCCACUGGGCGACUCCUACUGGAAACUCAAAGUCCAACUCGCCGUACAAUCAAACAACAUGAUAGCCUGCGGACUAGUCGAAGGACAAUACACCAAAUACUAACAUUACUAACAAUAAACAAACAACAAACUAACAAUAACAUAACUAUAACUUACCCCAGUGUAGACACAACUUUAAUUUCAGUUUAGAAUGAUUUUAAUAUCAAUUUAAUUUUUUAUUUUUUAUUUUUUAUUCUCCAGGCGUUAUUCUUAGUCUUCAAAUGUUUUAAUCACUUAAACACGAUGUCUUUUCACUUGU